AUGCUCACUACACUAGAUCUCUGUAACAGUCAAAUCGGAGAUGUUGAAGCACAAUCUUUGGGUGUUGCAUUCCAACGCAAUACAGUAACACUUACUACACUCGAUCUUUCGAACAAUGAAAUCGCAGAUGUUGGAGCACAAUUCUUCGGUGAUGCAUUGCAACACAACACAACACUCACCACAUUAAAUAUCGGUGGCAAUAGAAUCAGUGAUGUUGGAGCACAAUCUUUGGGUGAUGCAUUACAACACAACAAAACACUCACCGCAUUAAAUCUCGGAUGGAAUCAAAUCGGAGAUAUUGGAGCACUAUCUUUGGGUAAUGCAUUACAACGCAAUACAACACUCACAACACUAAUUAUCGAGAGCACUGGACUCGAUAAUGUUGGAGCACAAUAUUUGGGUUUUGCGUUACAAUACAACACAACACUCACCACACUAGAUCUCAAACAUAAUGGAAUCGGAAAUGUUGGAGCACAAUCUUUAGGUGUUGCAUUAAAACACAAUAUAGCACUUACUACAUUAAUUCUCGGAAAUAAUCGAAUUGGAGAGGUUGGAGCACAAUCUUUGGGUGUUGCAUUACAACAUAACACAUCACUCACUAUACUAAAGAUCGGUGGCAAUGGAAUCCGUGAUGUUGGAGCACAAUCUUUAGGUAGCGCAUUACAACACAAUACAACACUCACCACACUAGAGCUCUGGAGUAAUCCAAUCGGAGAUGAUGGAGCACAAUCUUUAGGUAGUGCAUUACAACGCAACACAACACUCACCACAAUAAAUCUCGGACAUAAUCGAAUCACAGUUGUUGGAGCACAAUCUUUAGGCGAUGCAUUAAAAUACAACACGACGCUCACCACACUAGAUCUCUCGAGCAAUCAAAUCGGAGACGUUGGAGCACAAUCCUUGGGUGAUGCAUUACGGCACAAUUCAGUAACUUUAAUCCUCUCCUUAUUCAUGCCAUAA